UAAAGGUCGAAAGUGAUUGUAUGAAAGAGAGACACAGACACAGUGAAAAACAGAUUGUACACCUAGAAGAACGUGGGACUGUUCUCUGUUCACCAUGGAUUGUUCACCUGGAGUACUAAUCCUGUUUUCUCUCUUAUGUUCAGUUCUCUCUUUCUGUGCAGUGGCUGGUCAAGUUCCGGUUGUCUCUGUGGAGCCCCGGGCAGCUACUGUGCGCCAAGGGGAGUCUGUCAGCUUUAGGUGCCAAGUGGGGAGCGGUGCACAGCCAAUUCAACUGGAGUGGAAGAAAGCCAAUAACCAAGCAUUACCAGACAAUGUGAAGAUUGGUCCUGAUGGCUCUGUGCUGACGGUUGCUAAUGCCCGACCUGGAAACCAGGGCCAGUUCCGCUGCGUGGCAGCCAACUCUGCAGGCCGCAGCACUGCCACAGCUGUACUGAACGUCAAAUUUGCUCCCAAAGUGCAGCUGACACCAGCAGGGCCCCUGCAGGUCAGAAUAGGUGACCCGGUGUCAGUGGAGUGUAAAGCCACAGGCAGGCCACGGCCCAAGUUGACCUGGAAACGCCAAGGAUCCUCCCUGCAGCUGGUUACCCGGGAGACAAAUGAUGCCAACACAAUAGAGUGGCCUGCAGUGCACCCAGAGGACUCAGGAGUUUAUAUUUGCCAGGCUGAAAACAACGAGGGGGUGACAGAGGUCAAAAUUGACAUCAUUGUUGAGGGGGGGCUGGGAGCACCAGUGGCGUCAGUGAGCACUACAGAGAUGAUAGUCGUGGAGGGACAUACAGUCACGAUGUCGUGUCGGGCUAGUGGUUCCCCUCCUCCUGUCAUCACCUGGUCCAAGCUACGAGCACCGCUGCCAUGGAAACACACAGAGGAUGGUGGAGUUUUGACACUGACCAGCGUGGGGCGCCAAGAUUCAGGCCAAUACAUCUGUAAUGCAACCAACAUACAUGGCUACAGCGAGGCGUACACGCAGGUGGAGGUGGAGAGUCCUCCGUACGCCACCUGCCUGCCUGACCAGGUGAGGCUCCGGCAGGGAGAUGCCCUGGUCGUGCAGUGCCUUGCCCAUGGCUCUCAUCCCAUUCAGUUCGAGUGGAGCCGGGCAGGCAGGGCGAGAUUGCCUGCAGGAGCAGAGACCACAAAGGAUGGUAGGCUGCUCAUAGCCCACGUUAAACUGUCUGACAGCGGAACGUACAAGUGUGUGGCCACCAACCACAUCGGCUCCAGUGAGGCACUGGCCAAAGUCAUCGUAAAAGCUUAAUCCACUGUGGUCUCAACGUCUGAUUGACAAACCAUCUAUGCAGCGAUUACAACCUCUGCACACCUGGUUUGUAGCCGUGAGGACAGUGAAAUGGUUAAUACUGACAAAACAGAGAAAAUUAUAUUUAAUAGAUUCAUUUAUUUUGAUGUAUUAAAGUGAAAUAUAUAUGCUGUUUAAACUUUUUUAUUGUGCAGAUUGGGUUAAUUAUGUUUUUUUCUUAGAAAACCGAUACUGUUGCUAGUAUUGCUCCUAUCUCAUAUUUGCCUUUGGAGAGCUUUUCUCUGGAUCUGUGUGUGGACCAACAUCCUGCACUACAUGUGUAGGAGUUUCCCCUGCUGGAAUGUCUCUGCACAAUGUCCUCCUCCCUUUAUGUCAUCUGAUCUUGUCCACACUACACUGUCUAAACUGUUCUAAUAUAAAACCCUUUAUAAUGCCAUUAAUUAUUAAAACAAUAAAGACCAAAUAAAAUAAUGUAUUACACA